AGGGAGAGAGUGCAGGGCUGGGAGGCAGCAGCAGCAGGACCCAGCUCAAUGUGGAUAGGUGCAGGGACAGUGGAUUGCCUUGUGCAGGAUUCAGCAGAGAAGGAGACAGGAGAGGAAAACCCGAAGAGGAAGGAGGAGACCAAUCAGCAUUGAAAAUAAGGAAACAAUGGUCCAUUAGUGACAGACCUGCAUGUACAUAUGCGUGUUAUUUUUCUUUUUUUGCCCAAUGUUUCCUUUGGAGGACUGCCUAUUAAAUUAAAUUUAAUUCCAACUGACCUCCCUCCAGAACAAUACAUUUACAAACCACAGAACCUAUUAAUUUUCAACGGACAAAAAUGAAGUAACCAAGUCAGGUGACAAAUACAGACACACAAAAAUUCAGUUCAUACGUGAUGCGUCAGAUUACUGGAACUACGUUAUAAUACACAUCACUUUUUAAUAAGGGAAACGUGAAACGCGUCACUGCCCCCAGUGGUUUUCUUGAGAGAAGCAUUUUCUUCAAUACCUAGAUAGACACAGAGUGGACUGGUGUCACUCCAUAUUUUGCUGAUAUUUACCUAAUCAUCAACAACUCAACGUUACAGUUCCUGUUGAGGAAUUUGUUUUGUAAAUGUUUUAAUUGAAGAACAUUUUUUUGUGGAAGAAGCCAUGAUGCUGAAAUCCAGUCCAUUUUCACAGAGUACAUUAGGUGGAUCCAUACUGGUGCGUGGACUUCCCCAUGAAUACAUGGCUCAGAAUGCCGGUGUUGGGCAUGAAUCUUGGAAUACUACCUCAGACAAGUACCUGAGGGUGGAAAAUAGCAACGAUGAGAGCCCAAAUGAGAAUAACGGUGAUGAAAUCUCGGAAAUAAGAACAGCCCAUUGGGCUAUAGUUGAGGAGGAACCGGAUGAGCCUAUCAAUGGGUUCACCAAUGAUGGGGAUGCCACAGCUGAAGAGGGGACCAGACUAGCCGAGGAGUCUUUGAAGCUGGAUCCUAUUCCUAUCAAGACAGAACAAAACAACCUUGAAUGGAAAAUUGAGCGAAGCACCAAUGUAGUGUCUGCUGUUCAACAGCCAAGGAAGACCUAUUUCCCCAGGAGCCUCAGCCUCACAGAGAAGGAGUUGAGGGAAGCACAGUCACUUAGCGAUGACAAUGCUGCCCAGCUAAGCCCUUCGGGAAGGUGUUCACGAGGAGCUCAGCUCUUUCACCGCCGUCGUCAAAAACUCAAAGCCUUUGAAGAACAGAAACUUGCAAGACUAUCUGCGGCUCAGCAUACAGAUGAGACACAGAAUAAGCAGGUCCAACAUGGUGUGAUACCUUCUAACUGUACAAAUACAGAGUUUCAGUUUGGCCACAGACGACCGCCACGUUUUCACAGCAUGGACGAGACAUCGACUGACCCAGGAAAUGCUGCCGAAACAGAUGAUUCGUGGGCAGAUGAUGUCAGGGAAACUGAUUUCCCUCCCAUAGAUAAACGAGCACCUUCACCAAGUGCCUCGGAGGAAGACCACCAAAGUCCUUUAAGUGCCUAUCUGAAGGAAACUUUGAUGGUGUCUAAUUCAAACACCAAUGGUUUGGUUAUCCAAACUAGCCCAAAGUCAGAACCACCUGUUCAGAAAGAACAAAAUGGCACACAAAGCACACAAUACUGUGAAGUACAACUUACUCUAUCCAAACCAAAAUCUGUGUCCAACAGAACCGCUAAACCCUUUGGAGGUCAGUUAUCUGCUAAGAGAAAUGUUUCUUAUUCAGAAAAUAGUCCUGCCGUUGAGCUACCUCCUCCGCCUACUUAUGCAGAGACAUUAUCAAGUCCUCCACCGGUUACGCGUGUUCAGUCUCCCCCAACGUAUUCUACUCUGUAUCCCACAGAGUCAGCUCCUACUACACCUUUACACCCAGUGAUAAACCAUGAAGAAGCAAAAGUUACACUACAGCCAAAGACUGGCAUCUUAGAUUCAACCGGAGUACGCCGGGGACCUAAGAAAUCAAUGUUCACCUUUAUCGAAAAGCCAAAGUUGGCACCUAAUCCUGAACUCUUAUCAAUGGUGCAAAAUGCAGAUGAGAAGAGGAAGCAAAAGGAACAUGGAGAUAUAGCAACUGAAGAUGAGCCAUUUGCUCUUGGAGCAGAAGCUUCCAAUUUCCAAAAUAAUAAGCCAUCCAAUGCAGUCAACAAUGCUGACCAAGCUGAUAAAAUUGUUGGCUGGACGUCUAGCCUGAAGUCCCCUGGUGUAACUGCAAAGCCACCUUCCAUGCCAAUACAAACUCUGUCAGAGGAUAAAGGGAAAGGUGCACAGUUGUUUGCAAGGAGGCAGUCUAGAAUGGAACGUUAUGUGGUUGAGUCUCCCACACCGUCUGACUCUGCCCGGUCUCCUUCUCCUACAAUGUCUCUGCCGCCCUCUUGGAAGUUUGUUGCAAAUGCAAAAUCACCUCCAUCACUAUUCAAUCACCAAUCCAACAGAAACCAGAGUUCUCCUAAAUCUCCUUACAAUGCACCCGUGAAUAAUACUGCCUCAGAGCACAUGCAGCAAAAGAAAGAGCUGGAGAUAUCUAGACGACAGCCAUAUCAACUUCAGUCGUCUCUGUUUAUCCUCUCCCCGGCCAGAGAUCCUGUAAGCUCACUUCCAAGAGCAGCACCUCCACCCAAGCCCAUGGUGCUUGAAUCACAUCGGUUUACCAGACAAUCAUCAUGCCCAACUUCCCCUCUGGUUCCUUCACCUACAAUAUAUUCUCCAUCUUAUUCCCAGUCUAUUCGAUCACCUUCAUAUACUAUGUCACCACCUCAAGCCUUCAACACUCCUCCUACCUUUGGAAGAAGGACGCCGACCAGCCAGGUAUCACCAGUAUCUCCAGUUCCCUUUUCAAACACCAAGGUGACAUCUCCACGAGAUAAAACUGUAGUGCAAGCUCCUCGGCCAACAUUUUCUGCCAGAAACUCAGGAUUGGAGUCACAGAAAAACAGGGAAUUUGUGCCAGCAACCUCAAACUACAGAACUCUGCAACAUCAAGGAUCACUGGAUGGGUGGGGAAGCUCCUCUGUAUCCUCACCGGGUUAUGACGAAGGUCCAGUUAUACAAAGUCCUCCACCACGCUCCAUGUCUCCUGCUUGGAGUGAGAGGUCCCAAUCCCCAUCACCUUUCAGAAUGGAAGUUGAAUCGAAAGCCGGGAAACAGAUGAAAGCUCUAAUUGCCCGUAACAUCAUCAACGCAGCAAAGCGCAAGAGCACCUCACCAUGGGGAGUUACAAGUCCUCAGUCCCCUGUUCAUAUCAACACCCCAUGGAGCCCCACUGUUCGCAAUGGAUCCUCACUGCCAGCAACACCUCGAGGAAGGAGGUCCCCAACAGGUUCCGACAUUUCUCUAGAGUCUGAAGAUUCUGGGGCAAAAUCUCCAGGAUUCCGAAGUUAUCCAUUCUCGCCCAGGGGCUGGUAUGGGAGCAUGAGGUUGAAGAGAGAUAGUCUACCUUCGAGCUCACCUUUCACUUACACUCCAUGAACAAUUCUGCCCAUCAUGAGUUCUGGUAAACUUCAGCUCAACCUGUUGGGUCCGACCAACUCACCAAUGCCCAAUACUGCCAAAAUAUUUAAAAGAAAAAAAUAAAAUUAUUUUUUUUUUAAAUUGAAAUAAUCAGUUCCAAGUUUGCAGAGCCAAGCUCUGUAGAAGCCUGGGUAUUCAUUGAAAACAAAAUAAUUACCCAAUAAGUAGAGUAAUUUCCUUGUAAAGAAUGUGGACUAUUUUAAAUAAUUUUGGUUACACAAUAAAAAGUUGUACAUUUUAUUAAUUAUCUUCUAAAUCAGCCUCCAAUUUUUUUUUACAUUAUCUUUAAUCCAGCGGUAACAUUUUUAUAUACAAAUAGCAAGACUGAAAGCAAAAAAAAAAAAGAAUGCUAUGGAAAAAUCGUAUUAUAUUGCUGUCACUGUGAGGUUUGGAACAUUGCAAAUGAUGGCAGGAAAAUGAUUGCAGUAGAAAAAGUAUAAAAAGUUGCAACUUUUUUUAUUAUAAACUGUGGACACUUCCCAAGAUCAUCUAUGUACAAUUUUGUGCAAAUACCAUCAGAUGCCUUGAUUUUUCUCCUAUGAAACUGUUUGGAAGACUUGGUCUGCCUAUGAGGGAUGAUGACUGUUGGCCUCUUGUGCUUUUGAAUCAGAAUCUGAUAACAGGACUAUCUUGGCAUGGGGUAACAGACCAGAAAUUGGGGGCUCGUCCGGAUUCUGGCUUUGCACUGACUAAAAAAAAACCUUGCAGUAUUUUACGCAUAUGCUUUCAACACUGCACAUUUAUCAAUGCACUAUAAAUGCUUUUGACUUUCCAUGGCAGGGAACGUGCACAGGUCCUCAGGAUACAAAUGGGAAAGAGUUUUGUAGUAAUGCUCCGUCGAUAAAGAGUGAGUGACGUAAGUAGCAAAAUGCCAAAGAAAAAUAGUUUGUGUUGUGAAAGUGAAGGUACUGACUGACUCUAGGACCGGGCACAUAUCUACAAUCAUCUCCUUGCUUGGCCGUUUAAGGCUUGUGAAGGACAUAGUUUAAGAACAGCUGGAGUGAAGCGCACUGCUUAAAGGACCACAAAACCGAAAAAAUAUAUUCAUCAAGUAUAAAUAGGCAUCUUCUAAUAUCUGCAAAUGUAUAUGUAAAAAUUUCCAUUUUUAAAUGGCUGCAGAGAGGAAGGAAGGGAGGAAGGGGAGUUAGUGGGAGGACCAAUAACAAAUUGCAAUCUCUUUCCACUCACGCCUCCUCCAGUUUAUGGGCGGUGCUACAAUUUUAUCCCUAGACUAAAGCAAGCAGGAGUGGCCAGUUUAGGGAUUUUUUCCCCCAAAUAGUUAUGCAGCUUUAAGGUUGUAUCCAACCCUGUGUUGUGCAAUCUACUGUUCUCUGCUACAAGCCAGGCUCAAAAAAAGUCUAUUUUAGCAUUGCAUCUCCUUCUCCUUGGUUUCCUAAUGGAAAGGCUGGUAUUGUGGAUAAAAGUUUCUGCGUGAAAUUUUUGCUAUAUAUAUUUGGGAAUGUUACUAGCAGCUGUGUACAUAUCAGGCAAUUUGCACUUUAGUUUUCCAUGGUCCUUUAAACGUCUUCAAAAUAUAGAUUGUGUAUGUUGACAAAGGCAGAAUUCCUGUGAGAUGGACGUCUUGUGGGAUAUGACCUGUAGGCUUAUACGGACGUACUGAGUAGCAAUUUAAUGCACUGCACACAGUUUUCACCACGCUGUAUGACUAAUCUGCCUGAUAAUAAAAGUUUUGAGCAGAUUGUGAAUUACAUGUGUAUGUAAUACUGCCACAGACUUACCAAUGUGUGUAAAGCAGGAUUGAAUGAUGCUCAACAUUAGGUUUUUUUUUAUUUUGUUUAUAAAAUUAUCUGAAUAGGCUGGUUACAGAAAGUUCAAAUGAUUUAUGAGAGUCAUGGGACUUUUAGUCAAUAUGAAAGUCAGGGCAUGUAUGUAAGACUUACUGUAGGAGGGGAGAUCUAUCAAGUCUUGGAAAGAGAUAAAAUGGAAAAGUUGGCCAAAGCAAUCAGUCAGCUACUGUCAUUUAGCGAGCACAGUCUAUGAAAUGACAGGUGCUGAUAGUUGCUAUGGGCAACCGCUUCAUAUUAUCUCUCUCUGAUGCUUGAUAUAUCUCCCCCUUAAUGUGCACUUUUGAUGGUCAUGGGGCCAAACUAUUUAUAUUGUACUUUAAAUAAUAAUCUUCAGCAUCAUCCAUGAGCUCACACAAUGAAGAGAAUAUAUCGGAAGGGGCGGAGCUUGCACUGGAGUAGUCAGGGCUUCACCAAAAAAGUGGGCGUGAUUAUGUGUUUGGAUGGCAUGGGCGGAGCUUAUUUUGCUAUGCUUUUGGCUUUAUAAAUGCUGGGAGUUAUGGAACAUGCACAUAACGAAUAGAUACUGCAAAUUGCAUGCAGCAGGGGACAAUAUAUGUGAUUUAUUAUAAAUCCAGAUGCAGCGUCAAACAUUAACAUUCCUUAUCUCCACAUAUCACUGGGUUUUAUGGAUUUGUACAGUCUAUAGUUAUACAAAGCCAGUAACAAUGGUGAUGGUUGCUAAGACGUCUCUGUAACAUUAAUGUUAUUAAAGUCAGUUGUCACAGCACGGAGUGGAUGAGACGGAGAGGAAGUGUGCGCAGAGCUAACAGGCCAGGCAGGAAAGGGUUUAUUUGUCCAUGUUUGCUGGCAGAUGCAGAAUUUUCCAGGCAUGUAAACACCGCUCUAGCUGCGCUGGGACCGGCCAUUGACUGUAGGACAGUUACAGGUGUCGCAGUCUAGUGGUGAUGAAAUUUCUACAGGCUAUUCUUAGCUUGGUAACCUUUAAAGAGUGAGCUUAGCAUGCAACACGUCCCGUGCCAUAGAGGUUUGGACGACGUGCAUUACUGCAUCUGAAAAAACAUCUAUUUGGGUUUGGGGGCUGGAACUUUCAAACAAAGGAAACGGGGUCACUUUGAAUAAAUGACGCCCAGUAUACAGUAUGUCAGCACUUAGCUAAAGCAGACACGCGCUGCGGUUGUACGUUGGUUGUUAUGGCUGCAGAGUAGGAAGAGGUGACACUCCGUUUCUUGGCUGUGACUCUCAUCUGUCUGAAUGGUAAUGAUUGGGAUUGUAAUUAAACAACAGCUGACGAGCCGAAGGUUAUCUCAGUCUAUUUGCUUCCAUCCGCUAGUACUGUAUUACUCCAAACACCUCAGAUGCAGCUUUCUCUGGUUUUCAUAUAGUUCCAUACUUAUUCAGAACUUAUCUCCCAACUUUCCAAAGGUUGGGUGCGGACCACCCCAAUAUGAUUCAGCCACGCCCCCUAUAUAGCAUGACCGUGCGUACAAUGUCACAAAUAGAUAAAUCCAAAGGCUCCUCUAGUAUAAUCUCAGUUGUGUCAGGCGUCUUGCACCGUAUGGCGUAUAGACCAUAGUUGUAUAAGGACACAUCUGUAUGCAUAGUGUUUAUUGUCGUUGGCAGAUCAUUUUGGAAAGAGAUUAUUCCAAAGUUAAACAAUAUAACAAUGGCACCACCUUCAUCAUCAUUAAUGUUUUUUUUGUAAGGAGCCACAAAUUCUGCAGCACUGCACAGUCGGCAUAUACAUAACACAAAUGGCAAUUAAACAUAAAAACAGAUCAUACGGGUAAGAAUUACAAGUCACGCAAAUACAAUUACAAGUAACGAGUCAAAUUCCAAGGUAUUAGACAUAAAAAUUAAUUGCACAGAUACAGUUGAAAUAAAACACAUACUGUAACUCCCAACUCUCCUUCUUUGGACGAUUCAUGAACCUCGCCAAACUGAUAAAGUUGGGAAGUAUGUGCUUCAUCAUGAAGUUCAUGGAAUGAUUUUCAGUAAAAAAGAAAUUGACUUCCCAGGUGCCGACCAUGGCGGGGUUUGGGAUGGAGUUUUUUUGGAGUGUAUUUUGUCUCAAUUUUGUGUCUACACAUUUAUAUUCAAGGUAGACAAAGAUAGUGCAGACAUUUCUGGGACACUCCCAUAUUUGGUGGGAGUCCUCUGGCCUCUCGGAAAAGACGGCAACUCUUGCUGUGACCACCUAGGACAUGCAUGUCCAAACUGCGGCCCUCGAGCUGUUGAGAAACUACACAUCCCAGCAUGCCCUGACACAGCUUUAGAUUCACUGACAGCAAAACUGUGUUAGGGCAUGCUGGGAUAUGUAGUUUCACAACAGCUGGAGGUCCGCAGUUUGGACAUGAACUGUAGACCAUGUUGGGCAGUAAUCUAGAAGGGAGUAGGGUAGGCUAUAGUGAAGCGGUGGGUUUUGAAAGAGCUCUUGAAAGACUGGAGGCUGGAGGGAGUCUGGUGACACAGAACAAGAAUUUCCAAAAUUAUAGCAAAAAUGGCAUCCUGCAGCUGCAAGGAAAGUAUAGAACUAGUCAGCAAGCUCACUGUUAAGUUUGAUACACACUACGAUAUGUCGUCCGAUCCCACGAAUUGGAGUGACACAUCGGGUACAUCAUCUAGUGUGUACCCUCAGGCAGGGGUGUAGCUAUGCACAUUGGGGCCCCAUAGCACAGUUAGUCAGCCCCUCCCCCUCGGCUUUACUGACUGACAGUCGGGGCCGGGGGUUAGGGUUACUCAGAGGUCCUCCCGCCUGCCUGCCCGCCGCCGCCGCCCCCCUUCCCCCCUCGGACUAACUGCAGCGGGUGGGCACUCACCAUUGGGGCGCCGUGUUCUGCAGUUUUAGUAAUUAGCAGUGUGCCCGUAUCUGCUGCUCUCCCGGGCGGCUCCAUCUAGAUGAGAAGGUGGACGCUGAGAGGAGGAGUGGUGCCCGUGGUCCAGUGAUGUCCCUGCAGACUCGGCCACGCCUUCUCCCAGCGUUAGGACUCAGGAGAGGUGGAGCCAGCCGGGUGAGCAGCAGCACACCAGCGCAUUUCUAAGGUAAAAAAAAGCAGCCAGCGGGGCUUAGCAGCUAGGUGCAGGUUAAGGGCUGGACCCCAGAGACGACUCGGACCCCAUAGCAACCGCAUCCCCUGCACCCCCAGGGCCGACGGUGGAUGUCGCAAGCAGUGACAUCGUGCAGGAUGCACGUGACCCCCCCGUCGAACAUGGCACUAACCGCAUGCCGGGUCCUGUCAGUGCCAAUGUCGGGCUGGAUACACAUCAUUAAUACCCCUUUCACACAGACCAAAAUUUCCCAUGUUAUUGCACAUGAACGCGCAUCAACCCGGGAAAUUUCUCAGUGUGAAAGGGUACAGGGACAAAAUCCCGGGAUUCCUGCCCGGCAUCUCAACCCUGCAAUCGACCAGGGUUGGUCCCGGGAUCUUCCCGGGAACCUGGUCAGUGUGAACGGUGCAGGGUCAUGUCCUGCCUUCCCGGGUUGCCUCUGCUGAUGCUGAUUGGCUAUUCAGGGCACUUCCUGGUCUUGUGAUUUUUCUGAGACGCGCAGAGGAAGCACAGCAGCGUGGAGGCAGGUAAAUGCAGGGCCAUCCCGGGUUCAGUAUGAAAGGUGCCGUCCCGGCUCCAAAUGCUGGUAUAAACGGGGCCAACCCGGGAAUGUCCCUGCAUGAUCCUGGGACGGAAUUCCCGGGUUAAGUCCCUGCAUUUUUGGUGUGAAAGGGGUAUAAGUGUGUACCCUGCCUACGUAGUCUUCUUUUAGUUUUCCAAAGUCCAGGACUUAUAAAUACAUUGCAAGCUAGAAUGAUGAGAAAAUAGUAUGCGAUAAGAAAGAAAUAAAGCACAGCGCCCUCUGCUGGGAAAAGAUAGUACUGCUUUAGUCUGUCUUUAUUUUUUACAUGUUAAAGCUUUGGCUUUGGCUCAUUAAAUAAAACAAUAUUUUGCGUGGGUUUUGUGGUGAUAAAACAGCUCUAAAGUAGACAAAGAUAUACAACCUGUGGGGCUGGACCUCAACUGGGCUCCCAAAACUUUUGUUUGUUUUAUAGGCUCCAUACAUCAGGGAUUGGGACAAAACCUUGAUUCCACGGCCAUUCAUUGAUCGUGCUGGCCAGGGAAUCAAGGAAAUGUGUCGCAGAUGUAUGGCCCGCAUUAUCUGUCAGAUAUGUCUAUAGACAACAGUGUUCUCUAGGAUUAUAGUAUAACCACACAAUGAUACUCGGGUGGUCUUCUGUAUGCCGACUGACGGGAUCCCGGCGCACAGUAUACCGGCGCCGGGAUCCCGACAGCCGGCAUACCGACACUUAUUCUCCCUCGUGGGGGUCCACGACCCCCCUGGAGGGAGAAUAAAAUAGUGUAGCGCGCCACCGUGCCCGUAGCGUGGCGAGCGUAGCGAGCCCGCAAGGGGCUCAUUUGCGCUCGCCACACUGUCGGUAAGCCGGCGGUCGGGCUCCCGGCGCCGGUAUGCUGGUCGCCGUGAGCCCGACCGCCGGCAUAUCGUAGUGAACCCUGAUACUCAAGGUCCCAGAACAGUAGCACACAGACACUUGGGUCCCAGCUAAAAUAUGUCAAACAGUGACUAACACCAGACUUAAGAUGUAAAACAAUAUCAUAUUUGCAGGUUAUUUUUAAAUAUCUUGCCGGAAGCGAAGGAGUUUUUUUUCUUUUAAUGAGGUUGAGCAUCAUUUAAACAUGUUGAUACCAGAGAAAACAUAAUCUGCCAAAGUUCAAUAAACUGCCGCAUGAAAGCACAACAAUUCAUUGUAUUUGUAAUUGUAUGCGAAAGGGGAAUCUAAACCAUGUAUUAAUGUGCUGAAUGGCCCAGAGGUGCAUUCUGGGCCCGGCCUCUCGUCCGCUUCCUGUCUACACGUCCAUUUGCUUGUUAUAUUUAGCUAGAUGUGAUGUAUGCGCUUGCAUUGAUGUGUUUACCUUGUAUAUCCAGCUGCAAAAUAAACAACAUUAUUUCAUGCUUCA